AUGACCGCCGAUCGAGCGCAGACCCUUCAUCCCAGGGCAGCUGCUACGAGGGCGGACAACGAGGGCCUGAUCUCUGAGACAUCAGCGCUGCUCAACCAUGCGGAUUCAGGGCUCGCACAAGAAAGCAGUGGCCCUGACGGAUGCAUCAAGGGACCAGACGCCACGACCAAGAGCAUCGGCGACCUCACCGAGACGACAUGGCAGCACGAGUCCAAAGUGCUCGCGGGCUACUCCGUGCCCAUGGUCCUCACGUUUCUCCUGCAGCAGUCCCUGACUGUAUCCAGCGUGUUUGCAGUCGGCCACAUUGGCACGACGGAGCUGGCCUCGGUGAGCCUCGCGACCAUGACGGCCAACAUAACCGGCUACUCGGUCUUCAACGGGCUGGCGACGUCUCUCGACACGCUCUGUGCCCAAGCAUUUGGCUCCGGCCGCAAGGAACUCGUCGGCUUAUACACACAACGCAUGGUCUAUUUUCUCUGGCUGACCACCAUCCCCGUUGGCAUCAUAUGGUUCUUUCUCGCCGAGCCGAUCCUGGUCCGCCUCGUCCCCGACGCCACCGUCGCGCACCUCGCCGCCACCUACCUGCGCAUCGUCGUCUUUGGGGCUCCGGGCUACGCAGCGUUCGAGGCGAUCAAGCGUUUCGUGCAAGCCCAAGGCCUCUUCUCGGCGCCGCUGUACGUCCUGAUCAUCUGCGCACCCUUGAACGCGUCGCUAAACUACCUCAUGGUCUGGCAUCUGCAAUGGGGUUUCAUCGGCGCUCCCUUAGCCGUGGCGGUGACACACAGUCUCCUCCCGAUCGUGUUGGUGCUCUACAUCCGGGUCUCGAAGACCAACAACGCCGGCGGCGAUGCGCCAUCCUGCUGGACUGGCUUCACCCCCAAAGCUUUUCGCAACUGGGGCGUGAUGAUCAGACUCGCCAUCCCGGGCUUGCUGAUGACCGAAGCCGAAGUGCUCGCUUUUGAAAUUCUCACCUUUGCGGCCUCGCGCCUCGGAACGACCGUCCUGGCUACACAGUCGGUCCUGGGCACCCUGGUGCUGCUCGAGUUCCAGGUGCCGUUCGCCCUGAGCAUUGCGGCAUCCACCAGGAUCGGUACACAUAUCGGCGCGGCUCGCCUGCAAGCGGCCCGGAUGGGUCUGAAGGUUACGCUGUUCGCGGCGAUCCUCGUCGGCACCGUCAACAUGACGCUCUUCGUCAGCCUGCGGGGCGUGAUACCGUCCUUGUUCUCAUCCGACCCAGAAGUCAUCAGCAACGUCGCGAGCAUCAUACCGCUCUUCGCGGCAUUUCAAAUGUUCGACGCCCUGGCAACCACGUGUAACGGGAUCCUGCGAGGAAUGGGGCGCCAAGAGAUGGGCGGAUAUGUGCAAUUGUUCUGCUACUAUGUCGUCGCCCUGCCGGUGAGUUUCAGUCUAGGCUUCGCUCUGGAUUGGCAGCUGUGGGGGCUCUGGACGGGGGUCGCGCUUGGACUGGCAUUGGUAUCUGCCAUCGAACUCGCCUACAUCUUCCACACGGACUGGGAGAGGAGCAUCGAGGAAGCGCGGUUAAGGAACCAGGAGAGUGAAAUUUGA